AUGAAGUGUGCGAUGAUCUCCCUGUCCUUGAUGGCUUUGUUAUCCGUCCAAUUGGUUUUGGCGAAUUGGGAUCCAGCGACAGGCCAUCUUUAUAACUACAGACCAUCCCAGCAGUGGAUGAAUCAACACAAGAGCGGCGCAAGAUGUUUCAAUGCGAUCCAAGUGGCCGAAUGUGCACAAAACACUAGGCUCUCGUAUCCGAAUGUUCAACUGUUUGCGACGUUCAACGUCGAUCAUUCAGAUGAUAACUAUCAUGGCUGCCCUUACGGCAGCUGCUGCGCGUACACCACUUUGCCGUCGCCAUCCGAUAUGGAAGCCGAUUUCACCAAUUACCACUCCUUCUUUUGGCAUGGUCUCGGAGGGAUAUCCGGCCCGGGCACGAACCCGAUCGCGAAUCCCCAGACGGGAGCGUUUGGGUACGAGACGAGCGAUGGGAAGUUCCAUGAGGGCAAGCCGGACGUGUCCAAGGAGCAGAAGAGCCACGACUCGAACUACCCGGGCUUCAAGCUCCCUCCCGCCUGGUCGAAAGUCAACUAUCCGGCGGAGGCGUCGCGCCCUGCUCACCCCAAAUGUGGCCGGGCUAACGGGCAAAAUCUAGAUCCUGGUCAAGUUCAGGGGAGCUACGGUAACUAUAAACCGGCCCCAGCUAGCUCCUACAAGGCUCCCCCAACUCGUCUUGUUUAG